CGUGUUGUCACUGUUGGUAGAGAUCGGUGUUCGUGCAAGUUCCUGUCUGCAGUUUCCUCCAGUCAGGCACACAAACUGCUGCUUGGCUAACAGAAUAUAAACUGAGAAUUCAGCGCACCAAAGGCAGCUCAGAAACAUCAGCUCAUCAGAUCAAAGGCUCAGGGGCCAUCGCGCCAGGCCUUAAAGCAGAGCACAACUCGUCUAUCAUGGUUGACAACAUCGUCACAAAGCCUCUGGGGUUCGUUUUGAUCGUCACAGCUCACAUGGUGUUCAACGGCCCCAGCCAUGCAGCAGUCAUCGGGAGCCUGGGCGACAACAUCACCCUCUCAUUUACAUUUCCAGUCAAAUUUAAAAAAGACAGCGUAUUUGGACUUUACACAACAGGAGAGCAAAAGAUUAUUGAUAAUAAAAACUGCAGAAGUUGCUUUGACAUUUUCCCUGGUAAUUCUUCUGUGUUUUACCACAUCACAAAUCUCAGUAGAAAUCACAGUAAGACUUACUGGGUCAGUGUGAUUCUGAAGACAACACUUAUAGAAAACAGCGAUAACGUGAGCUUGAUUGUUCGAGAGCAGAGCAGGAGCACAGCUACUCCAGUGCCGACUGAGUUCACGACACCUGAAGGCAGUGGAAGUUCCAGUAUCAAUUCCUUCCACAUCGUCUCUGUCCUCGCGGUUUCACCUGUAGUGCUACUAGCUGCAGCGCUUCCAGUCUUGAUCUACUGCUUUGCGAAAACCAGAGACAAACAACAGCAACAAAUGCCACGACACAGCUCAAAUCCCACAGUUCAGGAGAUAGUUGAGCCGUCCAGCAACGUGCCUGCACCCUCGCUGGUCUACAGCGUCCUGGACUUCCCCAAAAGACUUCCAGCCCCUGUGGAGAUGAAUCCCAGUGACACGGAGUACGCUGCUGUCAGCUAUCUGCCAGAAAUGAGACGAAUGUGACUGAACGCAAACCUGCCGAUCUUUCUCGAUUAGAGUAAAGGUUUGCCGUACUGUAUGCGGACAUAUAACCUAAACACGUAUUUCUUGUAAGUGUGAUCAACUCCGAUUUUGUAGUGCAGUUAGGAGCCCUCCUAGGCUUUAGGAUUCUUGCACAAUGUCAAAAAACCGAAAAGUUUUGAAGGGGGAAGCGUCUCUGUUCUGCUGCUGUGGUGGUCCUGAAACUCAAGUGUAGACAGCAGCUGUGACAAACCACAAGAAAGAAGUGUGAGCCACUGUCACAGCGACAAACCAACUUCCUAAUCAGUUUUACUCUUUUUUUUUUUUUUUCGGGGGGUUUUGGGGCUUUACCCUUUAC